CACCCAGGCGCCCCAAGAAACCCAAGUUUAUAUGGUAAAAUAAAAUCUACAAGGAAGGAUCUGAGACUGUACAAUGGGGAAAAGACUGUCUUUUGAAUAAGUGGUGCUGGGAAAAUGAGACAGCUACCUGCAAGGAGGUGAAACUGGGCAGCUUUGUACCCCUUACCUGAAAGGAAACUCAGUAUGGAUUAAACACCUCGGUGUAGGACUUGAACCCAUACAUGUCUUAAGACAAGAUGGAGACACUAAAUUCAUGGAUAUCAGCCAUAGCAUUAUUUUUGUGGAAUCAUCCCUUCAGGUAAGGGAAACAAAAGGAAAAAUAAAAAAAUGAAAGAGGAACAUAAUACACAUUUUUCACAGAAAAUAUACAGAUGGCCUCUUGGCACAUGAAAAGCUGCUCAGUAUCACUAAUCCUCAAGGAAAUGCAAAUUAAAACCAGGUGAGCUAAUGGCUAGUAUGAAAGAAACAGGAAGUACAAGUGUUGGUGAGGAUGUGGAGAAAGGGAAACGCCUCAUUGGUGGGAUUUCAAUGGGUGCAGCCAGCUUGUCAAACAGUAUGGAGUUUCCACAACAAAAGGAAACACAACAAUACCAUAUGGUCCGUAAUUUCACUUGUGGGUAGUUCACCAAAGGUAAAAACCAGGACAGUAAGAUACGUGCACCCCCACGUUCACUGUGCUCAAGAUACCUUAGCAACACAGGAGUCCUUCAACAGAUGAAUGGAUAAUGAAGAUGUGGUAUCUACAUACAAGGGACUGUCCCUCAGUAAUAUAAAAGGGACAAAUUCUUGAUGUUUGUGACACCAUGGAUGGUGCUAGAGAGUAUUACACCAAGUAAAUAAGUCAGACAGAGAGACAAACAAAACAGGUUACUUAUAUGUGGAAUCUAAAUGACAAAAUGAACAAACAGCAGAAAAUAGGAAGACUUAAAACUCUAGGGAACAAAUUGGUGUUUGUGAGAUUGGAAGGGCAUUGAGAGGUGAAAUCAUGGAGGGGAUUGAGAAGAACAGAUUUGCACUUAUUGAAUAAAUAAGUCAUGGGAAGGAAAAGUAGAGGACAGGGAAUAUGGUCAAUAAUUUUGUAGUUUUGUAUAGUGACAGCAAUUACACUUCUUAUGGUGAGCAUUUUGUAAUGUAUGCAAUUGUUGAAUCCCCAUGUUGCACACCUGACAUGAAAAUAUAGGUCAGUAUGCUUCUACCAAAAAAUGAGUGAGUGAAUGAAUGAAUGAAUGAAUAAUAAAAAGUCCCACAAUUAUCAGUCAUCAUGACUGUGAAGACGAAAGUUAGGCCCAUCUUCCAGAUUGCUUGUUGUCCUUGAAACCCUCCCUCCUGCUGAGCUCUUCUCAGGGGCAGGGCAGCAACCACACACACCAUCUAAUCUCCUAAUGGCAGCUGAGCAGCUCAGGCAGGCUCCACCGAAGGCCUCUGUGCCCUCAGACUGGCCAACCCUCGGUUGGACCAGGUUCUGGAGAAGGGAUUGGCGUUUGGAUGCAUCCAUUAGAAAUAUGGCUCAGGCUUUGUAUGAGCAGGGUGAUGUUUGCCAUUCACCUGUCCUCCCUGUUGGACUUUUCAUCCAUCGUAGCCCACGUGUCCAGUCUUUCUGUCUUCCUGUAGAGGUAGGGUGUGGAUGUGUGUGUCUUGCCCAGUUCCUUCCUACUUGGCUCUUCUGAUAAUUCUUAUCUCCACAUUAGUCUGCAUCUAGUUUGAAGUAUUUGUGGAUGAACGUGCUGCCAUUUCAGACACUUUAUUAUUGUCAAAGUCCCAAGUCACAAGGGUCCUCAGAAAUUUGGUCCAUGACCAUUCUUCCUCAUGAAGUUCAUUUCCAUUUCGGGAUCAGUAUAUGAAUAGAAGCAGACAUAUGGCCUGUUUUUUAAGCUUCCGCAUCAGGUCAUUUCCACGAAAUUCAACUAGGCUCCCAAUUCUUGUAGUUUCUCCCAGUGAAUGUAAAAUGAGUGGAUCAAAGACUCAGCGGAAUUCUUUGCAGAAUGAGCCUCUGAGUGAAGAGAAAAUACUAAUGUUGACAAAAAAUGAUUCCCGUUCUGUGUUUGUAGAGAAGCAGGAAUUUCACAGCAGUGGAGAUCUGACCCAAAUGCAGGAAGGGCUUUUGAGCAGUCCUUUGUUGGAGAGUGUUUGUGAACGUUUUGAAGGAGAUCAAUGUGGAGAAACCCUGAACUCGAUUACAAGUCUUACUGUGCAUGAGGGGUGUCCUACUGGAGGCAAAUCCUGUGAAUGUGCUAAGUGUAGGGAAACCUUCACAGAUGGUUUUUUCCUAGGGAAUCUGCAAAGAUCUCACCCAGGACUCAAACCUAGUCCCUAUGAGGAAUGUUGCCCAGACUGCAGCUCCAUCACGAGCCUCAGCACUCAUGUGGAUGCAGACCUUGUAGAGAAAUCCUAUGAAGGUCAGGACACCGGGAGAGCAUCGGAGACAUACGCAAAGAGUCUGAGUAGUAAAAAAUCUCUAGAGUGCAAGAAAUGUGGAAAAGUUUUCACUUGCAUUUCUUCUUUUCAGGGUCAUGUGCAAAAUGACCGUGUACAGAGGGUCCAUGCAUGUGACAUGUGUGGGAAAACCUUCUUAUAUCACUCCUUCCUUACACGUCAUAUGAGAACUCACACUGGGGCUAGAAUCUCUCAAUGUCAGGAGUGUGGGAGAGCCUUCGGGUAUAAGUCAAGCCUGCAAAAACAUGCGCGGACCCACGCUCGGGAGAAACCCUAUAAAUAUCAGCCGUGUGGGAAAGCCUUCCCUGGUCAGCACACCUUUCUUGUACCUGGGAGAACACCUACAGGGGAUGGAUCCUGGGAAUGUAAAGAAUGUGGGACAACUUUCAAGAAACGUCUACAUUUUGAAUGUCACAUGACCACACACAAUGUAGUGAAACCCUAUGAAUGUGGGGAGUGUGGCAAAGCUUUCAGGCAUCACCCAAACUUGCGAGUACAUAUGAGGACACACACUGGGGAAAGACCCUAUGAAUGUAAGGAAUGUGGGAAAUCUUUCCAGAGGUAUGGUCAUAUUAAACGUCACAUGACCACUCAUAGUACAUUGAAAACCUAUGAAUGUAAGGAGUGUGGCAGAUCCUUUCGGGAUCAAUCAUACCUGCCAGUACAUAUGAGGACGCACACUGGGGAAAGGCCCUUUGAAUGUCAGCAGUGUGGAAGAGCCUUCCGGAAUCACACAGACCUGCGAGUGCAUAUGAGGAGACACACUGGGGAAAGACCGUAUGGAUGUCAGCAAUGUGGGAAAACCUUCAGAUAUCAUUGGAAUCUGCGAAAUCAUGUGAAGAUACACACGGAGGAGAGACCCUAUGAAUGUCAAGAGUGUGGGAAAACAUUCAGGUAUAAGUCAUGCCUGCGAGAACAUAUGAGGACGCACACUGGGGAAAGACCGUAUGAAUGUCAGGUGUGUAGGAAAACCUUCAGAUAUCAUUGGAACCUGCGAGAACAUGUGACAAUACACACAGGGGAGAGACCCUAUGAAUGUCAGGUGUGUGGGAAAACCUUCAGGUAUAACUCAUGCCUACGAGACCAUGUGAGGACACACACUGGUGAGCAACGCUAUAAAUGUGUGCAUUGUGGAAAAGCCUUCAGUCGUAAGUGCACCCUUGUACUACAUACUGUGAGAAAUCACGCAGGGGUGGAAACUUGGAAUGUAAGGAGUGAGGGGAAGCUUUCAGGAAACAUCGACCUCUGAACAUUACAGGACCACACACAAGGUAGUGAAACCCUAUUAAUGUCAGGAAUGUAUCAGAGCCUUCAUGUAUCACACUGAUCUAUGGAUACAUAUGCAGACACACACUGGGGAAAGACCCUGUAAAUGUCAACACUGUGGGAAAGCCUUCACAUCUCCUUGAAACUUGGGAGCACAUAUGAGGACACAUGCUUGGGAGAGAUCCUAUGAGUGUCAGCAGUGUGGGAAUACCUUCAGGUGCCCAUCACUAUGGAAGUACACAUACGGACACAUGUUGGGGAGAGACCUUUUGAGUAUAUAGAGUGUGGGAAAGUUGUCAGUUAGCUGCAAAAUGUUCAAGGUCAUUUGAAAACACACAGUGCAACUAAACCCUAUGAAUGCAAGAGGUGUGGGAAGGCAUACAAGUUCUUCUCAUCUCCUCAAGUGCAUAUGAAGAAACACCCUGGGGAGAGAUCUUGACAAAUCACCGAUCCCUUCAAGAACACACCAGGCUGCACAGUGGACAGUAAGCCUUUGUAUGUAAGGACUCUGGUAAGACCUUCGAGUGUCCCAGAGACCUGCAUGUACAUGUGAUGACCCUCAAUGGGCAGAACCUUACGAAUGACUGCUCUGUGGGAAAGCCUUCAGUUGUCCCUCUUCCCUUCAAGGACACACAUAAACUUAAGCACCAUGGAAAAGCCUUCAGGUAUCCCAGGAAUCUGUGAGCACAGACACACUGUGGCAUAGCAUUUACCCUCCUUUAAAUUCUUAUUGAAAAUGCGAGCCAGUACAAUGGAGAUGAUCCUGAAUGGACACAAUUUUGGGAAAACUUCAGGUAUAGAACUUCAUGUAUUUUGUUCAUGAAAAUUCAGGUGGGAGAGAAAUAUUUUCAUUGUUGUGAUUAUGGUUUUGAGUUUCCAGGUGCCUCUUCCUUGAUUGGGACCCUAAGUGUGUGAAUUCCUAGUUCGUGUCACUGAUAUGAACACUGAUGGUUUUAGGUGGCCUUCUUUGUCCUCUACAUCUGUGUGACCUAGAUGUUGUUACCUCAGACUUGAAGUAAUCACACGGUUAUGUACCACAUGUCUCUUUCCCAUUACAAUGUCUUUUGGACUGGAGGUGAUAAAAAGGUGUCUGUUGUUGGUGUGUACAUACAACUUUAUAUACUUCUACAAAAAAAUAUCUUGAAUUAUACAUUCCAAAAAGUUCCUGUUAAAUUAUCAUGACAUGAGACCCCUCAUUGUUGAAAGUUAUUUUCUGUCCUCUGUUGUGAUACCAGAAUAACCUGGUUUUGUGUC